GUGUAGCUACUUUAACUGCUGUUCGAGCAAUAGAUGCUGAAAAUAGUGGUAAUCAGAUUGGUGGUUUGAAUACUGCAGGAGAAUUUUGUAACAAAGCUAGAGCAGAAAUUAGUAGAAUUGAAGCAGGU